CCUUAAAGCCAGUCCAAGAAGAGAACCUAUAAACUAGACUUGUAGAUUAAAAUUAUCUGAUCAAAAAGACUCUGCAAACUUCCUUUAAGACCUACCUUGGCACAUAGGCUGACCCAGCAAAAGAACUGAAAAUACAGCCUGAGAUGGACAGCAGUAAUUGCAAAGUUAUAGCUCCUCUCCUAAGUCAAAGAUACAGAAGAAUGGUCACGAAGGAUGGCCAUAGCACACUUCAAAUGGAUGGCGCUCAAAGAGGUCUUGCUUAUCUUCGAGAUGCUUGGGGAAUCCUAAUGGACAUGCGCUGGCGCUGGAUGAUGUUGGUCUUUUCUGCUUCUUUUGUUGUCCACUGGCUGGUCUUUGCAGUACUCUGGUAUGUUCUAGCAGAGAUGAAUGGUGAUCUGGAACUAGAUCAUGAUGCCCCACCUGAAAAUCACACUAUCUGUGUCAAGUACAUCACCAGUUUCACAGCUGCAUUCUCCUUCUCCCUGGAGACACAACUCACAAUUGGUUAUGGUACCAUGUUCCCCAGUGGUGACUGUCCAAGUGCAAUCGCCUUACUUGCCAUACAAAUGCUCCUAGGCCUCAUGCUAGAGGCUUUUAUCACAGGUGCCUUUGUGGCGAAGAUCGCCCGGCCAAAAAAUCGAGCUUUCUCAAUUCGUUUUACUGACUUAGCAGUAGUAGCGCACAUAGAUGGCAAACCUAAUCUUAUCUUCCAAGUGGCCAACACCCGACCUAGCCCUCUAACCAGUGUCCGCAUCUCAGCUGUACUCUACCAGGAAAGAGAAAAUGGCAAACUCCACCAGACCAGUGUGGACUUCCACCUUGAUGGCAUCAGUUCUGAGGAAUGUCCAUUCUUUAUUUUUCCACUAACCUACUACCAUUCCAUUACACCAUCAAGUCCUCUGGCUACUCUGCUCCAGCAUGAAAACCCUUCCCACUUUGAAUUAGUUGUAUUCCUUUCAGCAAUGCAAGAGGGCACUGGAGAAAUAUGCCAAAGGAGGACAUCCUAUCUACCCUCCGAGAUUAUGUUACAUCACUGUUUUGCAUCUCUGUUGAGCCGAGGUUCCAAAGGUGAAUAUCAAAUCAAGAUGGAAAAUUUUGACAAGACUAUCCCUGAACUUCCAACUCCUCUGGUCUCUAAGAACCCAAACAGGACUGACCUGGAUAUUCGCAUCAAUGGACAAAGUAUUGACAAUUUUCAGAUCUCUGAAACAGGACUGACAGAAUAAGACUUAUCUAUGCCCUCCUAUUUUUUAAUGUAUUAAAUAUACCCAGUCAGUUAUGCAGCUACUUUUCCUUCAUUGUAUCUCAUGUUUUUUUCUUUUUUUCAAUGCUGAUGACAGCUCUCAGAUUACAUCAUGGUAAUCAUGCCUAUGCCCACAAAAAAACAGCUGAGCUAACAAUACAUAUUCUGGAAACAUAACAUUCUACCUUACCAAGUUUGUAUCUGUGUUAUACCUGCAAAAAUCAGAGUAACUCAAUUUGACAGACACUUAUACAGAAAAGCUGCUGGUGAACUUAUAAAGAUGUGGUAUGGUACCAAUUCUGAAGGUAAAAUGGACAGUGAUAUUUAACACAGCUGAACUAUAAUCAAGCAUACAGCUCUCAUUUUCAUCUGCAAAUUGAAGCAAGAGUCUAGUUUCAAACCCAGCUCCCUGGGUAGAAUAAUGAUUUAAAAAUAUUUAGUGAACAUCCUUGAAAAAAUAACUUUUUUUCAAGACAGCAAAGAUUAUUCUUUUGGUUCUUUAUACUACAAAACUAGGGUAAGUAUUACCUCCUUUAUUUUUAAUAGCUAAGAACAAAAAUCCACAAGAAAAAACCAAAGUAUACACUUAUACAUAAUCCUAAAAGCAUCUGAACAAGACAUCCAAACUCAUAUGGUUCAUAUAUCAGUGGCAGAAGGUGAUGAGAAGAAAGUUAAGAUGAGCUCCAGCUAAAAAGAAACCUACAGGGUGGUAUUUUUGGCAAGGAGAUACAAAAUUAUAUCUACUUCAAAACUACUUUGCAUAAUAAUCAAAUAGUGAUUUUAAAAUUUUAAUCACCUGUUCAUCUGAAAUGCUUCUAGAACAACCUAAAAAUAUCCCCUUCCUAUAAUCCAUUCAAAGGCAUAAAAAACUACCAUGGCUCUAAUAAUUCAUAAAUAAAAACAUAACACAACCCGCAAAAAAAAAAAAAUCUUCAAUAGAUAAAGCAAAAAUAAUUAGGCAACAAAGUAUUUUCAAACCCAAAUGCCUGUUUCCAACUUCAAAUAGUUUUUUCUAUAAACACAAAAAAUGUUUAUUCACCAGUAGGAGGCUGGACUAGAUGAACCCUAUUAUUUCUUUCCAAAUCUAAUACUCGAUAAAAAUUGUUUUUUUCUGCUUCAUCUUCUAUUACAUAUGCUAAAACGAACCCUUUCUAUUACAUCCAGAUUAAGACAAUCUUUUGCAUGAUUUUCAUUUCAAUUAAAAAAGAAAAUGAAAAAUGUUACCCUAUCAGGUAUCAAACAGAUUUGUGGCUGUUCUUUUUUGAAAUUUCCCAUAUUCAGGUAUUUAUGAGAAAAGUGAAGGAUUAACCCUCCCCAAUGGUGAUGAUCUAGGAAGGCAUCAUCUCUUGAAAUAAAUACUGAGUAAAGGCAAGCAGUUGUUAAAAGCAGGGUAGAGCAGCAAGUAACACUUUUCUAUUAUUUGACCAAAAGGAAAAGAAAAUAAAGAACAACUUUGGAGUCAUCUAAGACUGAUAAUAGCAGAAGAAUAUCAAGAAUUCAGAAAAUUAUUGUUAAUUUCUGCUGUUUCAAAAUCUUAGGCAUUCAUUCUUAAGUAGUAUCCAGACCAACAGAUGGCUUUUUUCUCCAACCCAGACUACUGUAACCCAUAAAGACAGUGGGAAUUCUUAUUUCUAUAAUAAAUUAAUAAGAUUCAUCUAACUUGUGAAAAUAAAGUAGUAUUGAAGACUUA